AUGGUAUUGCCGUUAUCACUUUUGCGGUCAGCGCAAAAUCAUCCGAUGUUAGUUGAGCUUAAAAGUGGCGAAACUUACAAUGGGCAUUUAGUUGCAUGUGAUGCAUGGAUGAACAUCCAUUUAAGAGAUGCGAUCUGCACUUCACGUGAUGGAGACCACUUUUUAAAACUACAAGAAGUGUAUGUUCGAGGUUCGACGAUCAAAUACUUGAGAAUUCCAGACGAUGUUGUUGAUUUAGUGAAGGAAGAGGUCAAAGAGGUGCGUAGGCAGCAGAAAGACAAUCAAAAAAAUAAGCGUAAUUUACAAGGAGCCCGCACUGGUAUGAUGCAGGCUCGAGGAAGUGGCUUUGGUGCUCGUGGUGGUGGGCGUGGUGGUUCUCAACAUGGACGAGGAAGGGAAAAACCAGGAGUAAAAUGA